AGGCUUUCCCUAACAGCCUGUAGGAGCCUCUGCCUACUGCUGCUGUGCAAGACAGAGACCCACCCACAGCACGCCCAAGAGACCAUGAAGAGCCUGCUGCUUCUCACCAUUGUGGCUGCCUUAGCGGUGGCAACUUUGUGUUAUGAAUCCCAUGAAAGCAUGGAAUCCUAUGAAAUUAAUCCCUUCAUUAACAGAAGGAACGCUAACACCUUUAUGUCCCCACAGGAGAGAUGGAGAGCUAAAGCCCAAGAGAGGGUCCGAGAGCGCAGCAAGCCUGCCCAUGAGAUCAAUCGGGAAGCCUGUGAUGACUUCAGACUGUGCGAACGCUAUGCCAUGAUGUACGGAUACAAUGCUGCCUACAAUCGCUACUUUAGACAGCGUCGAGGGACCAAAUGAGAAGGGGAAAAAAUGUCUCUUUUGUUCUGGAGCCUGAAGGCUGGUUUAUAUCUCCCCUGCAGUAGCAUUACUGAAAUACAAAGACACAUACACGAUGCUCAUUUUCUAUAUAAUCUCUUGUCUGGCUGCACCCCUCCUUCCUGUCCCCAGAGUUGUCAGUCGUGAAAGCGCAGUGUGUCGACAUGUGUAGUUUUACAUAAUAAACUUCUGAUUUGAUAAGUUUCAUUCUGUGAAUCUGAUUUCUUCUGGGAAAAUGCUGAGAUAGUUGAACCAUGCAGGGUCCACCUCACCCAGAAUAAGGAGAUUCUGUUAAUCUUGCCUCUAGUGUUGGUUAGAAGCACAAUUAUAUAGAAAAAAUAAAUAAAUAAAACCUAGAAGGCACUGACCCAACCACAAUUUACUAGACCCUCUUUACAUUGGGAUUAGUGAACGACUGUUUCCUAUUUCGUGUUUUACAGGAUUUUCUAACUGUUCAUGUGACAAUUAUAGGGUUCACUCCAUUUGUUGUUUAUCUUUUAUACAAGGUAAAAAAUAAAAGUGCCCUCUGUAUCAGUAAACUAGAAAGAUGUAAAAUGAAGAAAAAUGAUAAAAUGGAAAACAAAUGGCAAGAUGAUAAACUUAAACUUACUUUAUCAAUAAUCAUAUUUACGUAGCCUAAAUACCCCAUUUUUUUUUGCUUUGAUGUAUGCUAUACAUUUUAUAGUACAUUUUUAUAAACUUGCUUUAAAAGCCAAUUAUUUUUAAAACAUUUAGAUAAACAGAAAAAUAUCACAUACAUGUAUCUGUGUAGUUUGUACUUCUAGUACACAUUCAGAUUUCUAUCUGGGGUCAUUUCCCUUCUGUCUGAAGAACUUCCUUUAACAUAUCUUGUGAUGCAGUUCUGCUGAAUUCUUUUUUGUUGUUGUUGUGGUUAGUUUGCCUUAAUUUUUGAAAAAUAUUUUUCACUGUAUAUCAAAUUCAAAGUUGCCAGCUUUUUCUUUCAGUUCUUUAAAAUGUUAUUCCACUGUUUUCUACUUUGCAUUGUUUCUGAUGUCAAAUCUAUUGUCAUUCAUACCUUCGUUCCUCAGUACUACCAUGUUUUUUAUCUCUGGCUGCUUUAAGAUUUUUUGUAUUAUUAUUGGCUUUAAUAAAAUUGAUCAUGAGGCA